AUGAAAGUUUGCCUUAAAACUUUUGUGGUGGAUUAUAUGGAUCACUUGCUUUCCGAGGUCCCAAGACUACUGCAUGAAGAGGAUACAAACCAGCUAAGAUUAUGCUACGAAUUGAUCAAUCGAGUUCCUCAAGAGAUUGAUCCUUUAUUGGUUCUUCUGGAAGAAUAUAUUCGACAAACAGGUCUUGAGGAUAUACGAGUGAAUGCGGAAACGAUGCUCAAGGAUGCGGACAAAUAUGUCUGCCGACUCUUAAAUCUUAUGUCCGAUUUUCACAUAUGGUUAAAGAAGCCCUAUCAGGAUAUUGUAAAUAAUACAUCUGUCUUCGUAACUGAAAUCCCAACAUCUGUUCGAAGUGGUAUUUGUCGUAUGGAAUCUCGUUGUCCUGAGUUACUAGCGUCUUACUGUGAUAUGCUACUUCGUAAAUCACCAACUAAUCGCCGUUUAACUACAGACGAAAUUGAACAAAAACUACGCAAUGUUUUAUUGGUGUUGAAAUAUGUCAACAGUAAAGAUAUUUUUAUGCGGGUUCAUAAAUCCCAUCUCACUCGACGGCUAAUCUUGGAGACGUCAGCUGACAAUGAAAUGGAGGAGUUAAUGGCUGAACGGUUACGUGAGGUCGGAAUGCCCGCCGAACAAAUCAAUAAACUGGGUAGGAUGUUUCAAGAUAUUAAAAUAUCACAUGACCUCAAUUCAGAAUUCAAAGAAAAGUAUAAACUUUCUUCAUGCAGUUCUUCCUCUACUUCCUGUGUAUCUAGCAGUUCUCCACCGUUAAAUUUAGAUAUCAUUAUGAUCAAAAUACUAAGUGGUGGUGCUUGGCUUUUACGUCCUCAACCACAGUCAUCUGUCUCAUUGCCAGCUGAAUUAGAAGAUUUCCUCCCUCAGAUUGAAGACUUUUAUCGGAAGAAACAUCAAGGCCGGAGUCUUCUAUGGCAGCAUCAUCUCUCUCAUGGUGUGCUGGCAUAUACAAGUGAUCAUGGCCGUUAUGAAUUUGAAGUAACAACUUAUCAGAUUGUAGUUCUGUAUGCAUGGAAUGGAAGAUAUGAUCAGCGCCUUCGUUUAGAUUGUCUACUUACUGCUACUGGUCUACAGGAUGUCGAUCUUCGUCGAACUUUAUGGUCUUUAUGUGAGCAUCCUAAAUUAGAACAGCAACUUGUCUGUUAUUCACCUAAAGUGAGCUCUGAGAAACAGUUUACUGCCGAAACAGAAUUUUGGCUCAAUACGAAAUUUGUAAAUACAAAAAUGGGAAAAUCCAAAGUCGACGAAGAAUUAAUCUUAUUGGUCGACUACAAUUGA